UUGUCGUUUGAAUAUAACAACAUAUCGUUCACCCUGAUCAGGUGAUAUUUCUUUAUCUUCAGCAUUUCGCGUUGGACGGUUUUAUUGUACCUACUUUUCAUCGGAAUGUUCCAGUUCGAGUCUCGCGCUCUUGUAUUUAUAAACGACGUUUGAACGGUUCUCAUUAUAUUGCGUCUAAUCUUUUUUUACCGCCACAUAUAUGUAGGUAUUUUCGCGUUUGGUACUGUAGUUUGUCGAAUGUUAUUGGCAUUAAUCGUGAAGCAGCUGUGAUUAAAACGUUUUGUUUUUAAUAACCUUGAUGCAUUGUGUCCGUUUCUGCGUUGUAUUCGCUUUGUCGCAAAAUCGAGUUCUCACCUACAGGUAUAUCAUUACAUUCGUACAAAAUGCCGUCGGAUUAUCCUUACGAGUAUGAAACACUUCAAUCGAAUGACAUGGAUCAGCAGCCCAACCAGCAAACUCAGGCCCAACUGUUGGAGGGAUUUAAUAUGCUGUUCGGAGUGACUGAACUUGUCGGCAUUUUUCUCAUUAUUCUCGUGACGGUAUGGGUUACCCAUUUUAGAGGCGGUUUUGCUUGGACCUCUGAUCCGGGGCUUGAAUUUAAUUGGCAUCCACUUUUGAUGACCAUUGGACUCGUAUUUCUUUACUCAAAUGGGAUGCUCAUCUACAGGACCCAGAGGACUGUUAGAAAGCGUCGAUUGAAGCUCGUUCACGCCGGAAUCAUGAUUUUCUGCCUCUUAUGCACCAUCAUUGGUCUAAUCGCUGCUUUCGAUAGUCACAAUCUGGCUAACCCGCCAAAGCCAAAUAUGUACACACUGCAUAGCUGGGUCGGCUUGACCAGCGUUAUUUUAUUCUGUUGUCAGUGGGUUGCUGGAAUGGUCUCGUUUCUCUAUCCCACAAUACAACCGCAUUUGAGAGAGGCCUACAUGCCGCUGCACGUUUACUUCGGUACAGCUGGUUUCGUCGGAGUUAUUGCAGCUUGUCUUAUAGGACUCAAUGAAAAGGCUAUUUGGGCAUUACAAUCGUCGUACUCGAAAUUUACUGACGAAGCCAUCCUCAUCAAUAUUAUCGGUUUGGUUUUUAUCAUUUUUGGUGGUUUGUCGGUUUAUAUGGUAUCGCAGAAUCGUUAUAAACGUUUGCCAAGACCCGAAGAUGAAGUUUUAUUGACUGAGAGAAGUAAUUAAGCAGCCAUAUGAAAGUUACUGAUGAUUACUGUGAGCAGUAUUUAUAACCACUGCAGUUCUUUGGUUAAACGUUGAGAUAGUGUACAGGUUUAUAGUUAUUCAUAUACAGAUAUCUUAUUUAUAAUUAUUACAAAUAUUAUUUAAAUAAUAUGCAUUAUACGUACACAAUAUCACUUAUGUUUACGGUGCGAAAAAUUGAUCCGAGUUUGUGUAUCAUGGAUCGCUCUUCCUUGAGUACGAGAGUUCCAGAAUCUUGUUAAGUCUAAAUCUUCAGACUUGAACAGGAGAACUAAUCUCUUUCACGUGCAUCACAUUAUCCUUAUGUAUCUACGGUAUAUUUUAUUUAUGUGAAAAAAUGUUUGGAAAGAACGGAGGGAGAAAGCUAUACGUGUAUUAAAUGUUGCCGCUUCAGAUACACGUAGAUUUAUAUUAAUACAUCUAAUCAACUCAGUGGGGCCUGGCAUUGAAAUUAUUAGCAUUGCCGUGAAUAUACAUGUACUUGAAUACAGUCACAAUUUUACGCACACACGCAUUUACAUACUGUCUGUAAAGUAUAACAUACGAUGUAAUAUUUUAUUUUUACUAUUAUGGUGCUACCGAAA